AUGGUGGAGGGAACUGAGGUUGUGGAGGAUGUGUACAUUCACCCUCCGAAAGAAGAGGAAGUAUUUGAGGAAGCCAGGGAAGAAGACUUACCGCCAUCAUUUUCAGCAUUGUUAGACAAAUAUGUUGAUGUUUUGGAGGAACUUAAAGGACUGCCACCACCUACGGAUUGUAAUCAUGUCAUCGCUUUAAUUCCAGAAGCACAACCCUUCAGUUUGAGGCCUUAUAGAUAUUUCUAUGAUCAGAAGAGUGCUAUUGAACAAAUAGUUGGGGAUAUGCUACAAGCUCAAACACUGAAAGGGGGUUUCCACUGGAAUAAUGAAUCUAUUGAAGCUUUUGAGGCACUCAAGAAGGCAAUGACUAAUGCCCUAGUUUUGGUCCUACCUGAUUUUAAUAAACCAUUUGUGGUGGAAGUGGAUGCUUGUGGCACAUGUAUGGGAGCUGUUCUUAUGCAAGAUAGGAGGCCCAUUGCCUUUCUUAGUCAGAUGAAUAGUUAUGAAGAGGAUGAGGAAGUAACUAAGAUAGUAUGUGCUCUUAUAGUUGAUCCUGUAGCUUCAACUGAAGUAACAUUGCAGCAAGGCAUCCUUAGAUUCAGAGGGAAGGCCUGGAUUG